UUUAGAGCCGGAAAGGCGCAUAGAUACCGCGAUACUUGAGGGUAUCCUGGCGCUGAUUCUGAAUCCAGGAUUCCUCAGCCCCCGAAAGCCGCCAGACCCCACAUGGAGCCGAAGGCCCCGUGCCCAGCCGCCAUACCCUCAGUGGACAGGAAGUUCCACGUCCUUGUGGGCGUCACUGGAAGCGUUGCUGCUCUGAAGCUGCCUCUCCUGGUAUCAAAGCUUUUGGACAUUCCUGGGCUGGAAGUCACAGUGGUCACAACGGAGAGAGCCAAACAUUUCUACAGCCCUCAGGAUAUCCCUGUCACCCUGUACAGUGAUGCUGAUGAAUGGAAGAUGUGGAAGCGCCGUUCUGACCCGGUUCUCCACAUUGACCUGCGGAGGUGGGCUGACCUCAUGCUAGUGGCUCCCCUUGACGCCAACACUCUGGGGAAGGUGGCCAGUGGCAUCUGUGACAAUUUACUCACCUGUAUCAUCCGGGCCUGGGACCUCAGCAAGCCACUCCUCUUCUGCCCUGCCAUGAACACCGCCAUGUGGGAGCACCCGCUCACUGCACAGCAGGUGGGCCAGCUCAAGGCCUUCGGCUAUGUGGAGAUUCCCUGUGUGAGCAAGAGGCUGGUGUGUGGAGACCAAGGUCUGGGAGCCAUGGCUGAAGUGGAGACCAUUGUGGCUAAGGUGCAGGACGUGCUUUUCCAGCAUGGCGGCAUCCUUCAGAGUUGACCUGGGAUUUCUGUCCUGAUGCUCCUGUCCCCAGUAAUUCCAGCCUGAGCUGCUGAAGAAGGAUAUCGGCGCAGUAUGAGCGCCUGAGCUUGCUGCCGAGGGCUAGCCUGUACCUUCUUGGAAUUUCCCUUCAGUCUAACCCUCCUCAAGCUACACGGAACUACAGACCCAGGUCUUACUUUCUUUCAGCCAGGACGUGCCUGCUUCCUGGAGGCCCUCCCAUUUCUUUCUGGGAUAGCCCCAGUGGACUAGGCAAGCACACUGCUACUGGAAGGGUAAUUGAAUGACUGAGGGACCUUCUGCCUGGGAGUUGCUUUCAGCGCAUCACGGCUGAAGUUGGGCAUGGAGGCUCACACCUGUAAUCCGAGCACUCAGAAGGCUGAGGCAGGAUUGCUACAACUCUGAAGUUGGCUUGGGCUACAUAAUGAGCCAGGCCUGUGAGUGUGAUAGCCUAUUUCACAACAAAAUCAACAAGAAGAAACCCCAUAGCUCAAGAUCCCCGGCACAGCAGGCUCCUGCUCAGGCCCUGGAAGCUCCCAUUCUUUGGUGCCCAGGUGCCACACACAGUUAAGAAGUCUGUGAGGUGGCCAGACACUUCACAUUUCCCACAGACUGUGCUGAGAGUUGGGGCACGAAUGGUUCCGGGAAAUAAAGAAAAGUGACCCUGUAGGACACUCUGUCCUUCUGUACAUCCUCUCUGUGGCCUCAGAGGUCAGGGGCGUGGCCAUGUGAGGCCAGUGAAGGUUCCAGCCUGACCACUGACCAGCACGCCCACACUCCUGUGCAGUCUCAGAGCAGACAGCACAGAUUCAGACCUCAGCCCCACCACUUACCCGCUCCAGACCCUGACUGACCCUCGCUUCCCAUCUGCAGGAUCACGCGUCCAUCGUAGAGCCGCUGAGAGGAUUACACGAGGUAGAUGUGAAAAGUGUAUUUGUCUCUUACACACAGACCCACACAUGUGGCAGCAGGUGCCUGAAGCCAGAACCCCAUACAGUAUGACGUCUCCCUUUACAUACAUAACCUGUGACAAAUGUUAUUUUAUAAAUUAGGCCCAGUAACAGAUCAGCAACAAUAACAAAAUAGAACAGUUGCUCACUUUGUUCUGUAAUAAACUAUUUUCCAUGCUGAAAAAAAAAAAAAAAAUAGAACAGCCGGGCAGUGGUGGCACACGCCUGUAAUCCCAGCACUCUGGGAGGCAGAGGCAGGCGGAUUUCUGAGUUCAAGGCCAGCCUGGUCUACAGAGUGAGUUCCAGGACAGCCAGGGCUAUACAGAGAAACCCUGUCUCGAAAGAAAACAAAUCCAAAAAACCAAAAAAAAAAAAAAAAAAAAAAAAAUAGAACAAUUAAAAAUAUAACAGGGUCUGGCAAGACGGUUCAGUGUGUGAAGGAGUUUGCCACCCUUGUGCCACCAAGCUUCACAGCUGGAGUUUAACCCCUGGGAUUCCCAUGGUGGAAGGAGAAAACCAGCUUCUGAAAGGUGACCUCUGACCUCCACCUCCACUCUCGCCCUGACUGAGACAGGUACUGUUUGCACACGUACACACAUACAAAAUAGAUAUAGUAAAUAUUUAAAAUACGAUUUAAAAAAUUGUCUCUUAGCAACCUCAACAUACAAUUUUAAAAUUGUAUUAAGUUGAGAACUCAGACUUUCUGUUGUUGUUUUGUUUUCUUGCGAUGAGGUUUCUCCUUGUAUCCGUCCUGAACUCCCUCUGUGCCAGAGCAGCUUGGAAUGCAGAGGUCUCCCUAUCUCUGCCUCCCAAGUGCUGGGAUUAAUAGUGUGCACCGUCACACUUGGCCCAGUACAUAAAGGGAGGCUUCAGUGUUUCUCUGGCUUCCCCGAGUUGUCUGCGUCCCGAGUGAGUCCCGGGCUGUUACCGAGGGAAGGUUGCUGGAGCACAGCGCCAUGCUCCUGGGGUAGUUGAUGUGUAACGCUGCUGAGGUGCUCACUGUUAGUCAGAUUCAGCGUGGACACACUGGACUAAGUGGUGAUUCAUGCCUGGGUUGAGAUGGAACAGGAAGUGUGGUAUUCCAUGCUUCUCAGCACAGUGUGUGACUUAAACUAUGGAUCGUUUUAAUAAACUUUGCUAUUUCA